AUGGCAGAACAAGCCGAAGUCGACACCGACUCUGCCUGUUUCGACUACUCGAACGAUCAGCUGAUGAUCGGCAACCAGGCUCUCUCGACCGCCUCGUUCACACGGACGCUCGGCCACUUGCCGUUUGCAUUUCAAAACGCGGUGGGGACGGGACGGGGAAAGACUAUUCUCGAUGGCAUCCAUUAA